CUCCUCAAUAUCUCUCUCUCUCUCUCUCUCUCUCUCUCUCUCUCUCUCUCUCCUUUCUCACUCCAAAAGUCCCAUUUCUUCAUUUUCAAUCCAUCAAUGGCGGAAACCCCACAUACCCACAUUGUAGAAAUCCCAACAAUAGAUUCAGAACACCACAAAAAACCAUCUUUAUCAUCCCUAAAAAACCAUCCUUUAAUGGAAAUCUCCAACAGUCCAGGCCACCUCUUACUCCUCAAACUUUACCAAAGACAAGAACAUCUCUACAAUCAUAGAAUAACCCGAAAAGAAACCCGAUUUGAUUCCAUCAAAGAAGAAAUAUUUCAACUCUGUUGCUCAUUCUUCUUAUUCCACACAUUUUUCUUAACCCUUCUGUUCACUUCAUCACUAAACUCACAAAAACCCAUUUCAGUGUGCAAGAAAUGGUGGAUUCCUAGCCUUGUUUCGGUUUCGGUAUCGAUUGUGUUUGUUUUUCUUGUUCAUACCAAACUUUAUAAGUUAUGGAAAGUGUGGAAUCAGUUGUUGAGAGAAAGGAAUGAUAAUAGAGGUGUGAAUAGGUGUAUUCAAGAAUUGAGAAUGAAAGGUUCAAGCUUUGAUCUUUGUAAAGAGCCAUUGUUGAGUGGGAAGAGAAUGAAGAGCUCUAGUGUUGAGAUUAAAUGGAAACCAGUUACUUGGUGUUGUCAUUAUUUUGUUACUAUUUUGCUUGUUUGUUUUGCAGGUUUUGUUUUUCCUGCUUCUAAACUCAUUUUAUGUUACUUUUGAGCUUCUUUGUUUGGCUAUUUAUGUAACUUAAUUCAGAUUUGGCUUGGCU